AUGUCGAGCGACGAGAAAAGGGUGUUCAUGGAGGUGUUCCGCGAGCUCGCGGACGGGCUCGUGCGGGAUGAGGUGGAAGACAAUCAGGUCUCGAUCGCGGUGGAGUGGAUAAAGCGCAUGAUCGAGUACAACGUCCCGCACGGGAAGCUCAAUCGUGGAUUGGCGGUCGUCGACGGCGUGCGAGCGCUGAAGGCUGCGAAUGGGGAGGAGCCGAGCGCGGAUGAGCUCAAGCGAGCGAUGGUUGUGGGGUGGUGCAUCGAGUUUUUGCAGGCGUACUUUCUCGUCGCGGACGACAUCAUGGACGAGAGCGUCACCAGACGAGGGCAGCCGUGCUGGUACAGGCAGCCGGACGUGAAGAUGACGGCGAUUAAUGACGGUAUUUUGUUGGAGAUGAUGCUGUACAAGUGCUUAAAGAAGUACUGCAAGGGUUUGGAAUGCUAUCACGACCUCGUGGAGUUGUUCCACGACGUCACGUAUCAGACGGCGAGCGGACAGCUGAUCGACCUCAUAACCGCUCCCAUCGGGAUCGUGGACCUGAGCAAGUACACGAUGGAGGCGUACAUGCGCAUUGUUACGUACAAGACAGCGUUCUACACCUUUUAUCUCCCGGCGGCGUGCGCGAUGCGACUGUGCGGAGUUAAGGACGAGGCGGCGUACUCCAAGGCGAAUGAGAUUUGCAUCAAGCUCGGUCAAUUCUUUCAAAUCCAAGACGAUUAUUUGGAUUGCUACGGUGAUCCAGCCGUGAUCGGUAAGAUUGGUACCGAUAUCCAGGAUAAUAAGUGCGGUUGGCUCGUCGUUCAAGCGUUGCUCAAGUGCAACGACGAGCAGCGAAAGAUCAUCGAAGAAAACUACGGCAGAGCAGAUGCAGAGUGCGAAAAGAAGAUCAAAGCUCUGUACGUCGAACUCGAUUUGGAGACAACGUACAAGAAGUACGAGGAAGAGUCUUACGCGGAGCUUCGCGAAAUUAUGGAGGCUCAAAAGGUGUUGCCGGAGGGCUUGUUUGGGGCCAUGUUGGCGAAGAUCUACAAGCGUCAAAAGUAA